CAGGAAGGAGGUAAAUGUUUUGGUUGUUGCUUGAUAUCAAAGAGAACAUACUAGGCCAACCUUACCUUUCUGAGAGAUUUUUUUAAAACCAGUGAAACCAUUUCCUCUUCCUUCUACUAAAUUAUAAUUCCCCAAAUGAAAACAGUACACACUGGAACUAAGAUGCUCCCGUCCGGGUUUUAAGCCUUGGAUGAAUGUUCUGUAAAUCCAGAACCAACACAGAUCCAUUUCCUGAACAAGACAGUUCUGAGAUGAAUUAGUGUGUCACCAUGUCGCCAUGGCACCAGAUGCACCUGGUGUGUUCAUGCCUGUAUUUCUGCUGAGGGCUUUGCAAUCAGCGCUGCUUUCUUGCGUGAAGACCUCAUUGUACAAGGUGACCCUGAGACUGCUCAGGACUUAGAACAGACUGACAAUAGCUCAUUCUACUCUGCAUCUUAAACACACUAAGAUUGCUAUGCUGGUAUAAGUAGAGACAAUAAGGCAGGCGAUGGACACAAGGUCCAGCCUAAUUUGGUGGAGCAGCUAAACCACUGGAAAGUCAUGUCCAAAGCCAAGAGCAUCGGCAGUCACACAACAGGGCUGGGUAUGCUCCCGUGCCAGCCUCAGGCAGGGUACGUACCUACAGUCUUUACUAUUGUCUUUGGAGCAGAAACAUAGCCUGUUACAAUUCAAUAGGCUGUCACAGAUCUAUAGCCUGUUACAGUUCAAUAGGCUGUUCGAUUUCUGUAGCAUGUAGCAGUUUACAAAGCUGAAGACGAUAUGAGAAACAAGGUAGAAUCUGUGAUUCUGUGCUUCUGCAGAACAAUUAGUGAAGUCAGCAAUCGUCAAUGACUCAAUUCCAGUUGAGGCAAGAACAACUUAGGAGUUCAGAGCUCUGCCGAGGUGAUCACUGAUGAGUAUCGCCCUAUCGCUGUUCAUCGGUGCCUCAUGGGAGAUUCAAAUUUCCCACAAUUCCACACUUGGAACCCUUACAAAAAUGUAAGGGAGUGCCAAAUUUAAAUUAAAAAACCGUCAAAGGCAAAGUUUAAUAACCCUGCAACAUUUAGCUGAAGCAUUUUAUUACAAAACCUGGAUCACGGGAUAAGGGUCCUGUAAAUGCCCUGACCUCAUCUUUCUGCGUUAUCACCAUGAAUAAGGACCAUGGCAACAACCCAAUCGGCAUGACAACAACCCUGUCAGCACGGCAACGUUGAUGAAAGCAGUGGCACCGGGACCACUCUUAUUAAAGUAUCACGUUUGCAAUCGCAAUGUGAAACCGGACUGUAGUUUAUACUGAAUAUCGUAUCCCUUUACCAACACAUUAUGAAUUACAUUAUAAUGAAUAUACGAUUCAAAUUCAUUCCAAAACAAAAAGUAGUUUUAAUCUGAAGAUUGGAGGCAUGUUUUAUCUUCAGAGUACAGGAGCCCUCCCUCUCCUCCAUCUCACACCCCCUCGCCACUAUGCCCCACGGUAAAAAUAGCCCCCUGACCGCUUUCCAAAUAACCUGUCUGUGAUAGUUCACCGUAAUAACCCGAGCCAGGGGCGAGGAACAAGAUAAACAGUGAGCAAAUUGUGCAAGAAAGGCUUUAGUGUUUGUGUGACAAGUCAGAUUUCUUUAGAUAAAGUGUUGUGUACACCUGCGACCGGCCCUGCAGCGGACCGCAGGAAUCAGACGGCCGUGUGAGAGCCUCCCACGCAGGGACUCUCAAGUCAUUCAGGAGCUGGGGGGAUUCGGUUCCAGCGUUGCCCUUUGAGAGAACAGUAGCACGGACCUACAGCGGGUACAAGACGCUGCUUUCAUUACGUAUAUCGUGACAUUAGGAUCGAAUCGCCAAUGCUACGUUUGUGUCCGGACUGGAACCGCACAUGGUACACGGCCAGCCCCGACCUCACCCACUGUUUCCAGAACACGGUGCUGGUGUGGGUGCCCUGUGUGUACCUCUGGCUGCUGGCCCCCUUCUACUGCCUGCACCUCUACUGCCAUGGCAACGGACGCAUCCGCAUCUCCUGCCUCUGCACCGCCAAGAUGGUGCUGGGCUUCCUGCUGGCCUCCUUCGGCUUUGUGGAGUUCUUCUACAUCCUGCUGGAGCGGAGCGGGGAGAUCCACCAGCACAUGGUGUUCCUGCUCAGCCCCAUCGUGCGCAGCGUGACCGUGAUCCUGGCCUUAUUCAUCAUCCAGCUAGAGCGGCUGCGAGGAUGUCGUUCCUCCGUGUUCCUCUUCCUCUUCUGGGUCCUGGCCGUGGUCUGUUCCCUGGUCCCACUCAGAGCCAAGAUCCAGUUGGCAGUGGACGAGGGCAUCGGCUCCGACGUGGUGCGCUUCCUGGCCUUCUUCUCCUACUUCACCCUGCAGCUGGCCCAGCUCGUCCUGGUCUGCUUCGCUGACCAGCGCUCCGAGGGGAAGACCGGAUCGGAGAAGAACCCCUGUCCCGUGAAGGAUGCCUCGUUCCUGUCCAAGAUCCUCUUCUGGUGGUUCACCGGUCUGGUGGUGAAGGGGUAUCGCUCGCCCCUGGAGGCCGACGACCUGUGGCACCUGAGGGACGAGGACAGCUCCGAUAAGAUCCUCUCCGACCUGGAGAAGGAGUGGAACGCCGAGUGCGCCCGCAUUCAAAAGCAGGAGAAGGUCCUGGCCUCGGGGACCGCCCUGGGGGCCAAGCUGCCCGACCAGGCGCAGCUCCUCCGGAAGCUGCAGCGGGAGCAGAGCUCCGGCUUCUUCCUACUCCGCACGCUGACGCGCAAGUUCGGCCCGUACUUCCUGACCGGGACGCUGUGCAUCGUGUUCCACGACGCCUUCAUGUUCGCCAUCCCGCAGGUGCUCAGCCUGCUGCUGGGCUUCAUGAGGGACGACGAGGCGCCUCUCUGGAAGGGCUACUUCUACGCCACGCUCAUCUUCCUGCUGUCCUGCCUGCAGUCGCUCUUCAACCACCAGUACAUGUACACCUGCUUCACCGUGGGCAUGCGCGUCAAGACCGCCGUCAUGGGCCUCGUCUACAGGAAGGUGGGUGUCUCUCGCCCAAACAACCACAUAGACGUAGAACAUAGAAAAUAACAUAAAAAUUAAUAGAAAGGUGGACAUUGUCUACUUUAUUGUGCUUACAAUAAAGCCCUAAACCAUAACCCUGAUAUCCCAACUAACCGUUGCACAAACCAUGGACUUUAUCUUAGACUUUUAGAUUUGUAUAUUGUAUUUUCUAUAUUUUAUUCUCUGAUUCUUACUGUGAUAUCCAGUUAACGUUGUGUUCUGUAUUGGUAUAUUUUGUAGAUUUGAUGCUCUGGUUCUUAUUUUAGUAUCCAGUACACUUCUGUAUUGGUGUAUUUUGUACUUUAAUACCCACUCUCAAGGCCAUACCUCUGUUACCUUGUGCUGGGGUGUUAACCCGUGUCUCUGGUUGCUCACCGUGGUGAGGUGUUAA